UCCCUUCCGUGCUUUCGCAGACAUGGUGUGACAAUUGCCAAUGGAUGACUCUGACUCUCAGACAUCUGGGGGGAGCCUGUACGAGACGCUGGGUUUGGUGGAGAAUGCAACUUUUGACGAAGUGAAAUCAGCUUUUAGAAAACUUGCACUCAAGUACCAUCCUGAUAAGAACCGUGGGGACCCGGAGUCUGCAGAGAAGUUCAGGGAAAUUGAUCUGGCCUAUAAAAUCCUCCAGAAGAGGCUUAGCGAAAGAGAUGCUGAGGAGAAGGAGAUGCUCAAGAAUGAAAUGGAAGUUGCAGUCAUGCAUUACAACUACCAAAUGAGCCGAUUGACUGGAGGGUAUUUGAUCAGGAAGCAGGAACUGAUCGAUGGCGAUGAAAGACUUCGAAAGGAAGCUGUUGAUGCAUUACGUAGGAUGGAAGUGCGGUGGCCGCAACUAUUAGAAAAAUACAUCGACGACUUGGAAAAACUUCUGGAGGCCCAGUAUGAGGUCUAUGUGCAGAAACGGGAUGAAGGCGAGAGAGCAGCAGAGAUGAAGCUAAACAACGCCCUGAUCUCAGCUGCGAGUGAGUAUGACAUCCAAUUGAGCCGAUUGUGCCAAGAAGCUGAAAUCAGUGAGAAGGAGCUGAUGAAGAGAGAGGAAGUGUUUUAUAAGCAGGCACUCGCGUGUUUCUUAGAAGAAGGAGCACACUGCCCAUAUCUAGCAAGGGAAUAUAAGAAAGAGCUGAAAAAGAUUUUGGACGAAAAGUAUGAAUUGCUGACAAAACAUAAAAAGGAACAUAUUAAGUCCGCGGAUGCCCUCCAGAGAAAGAACUACGACCAGCAUUCCAAAAAUAUGAAGAACGGGAAAGGGAACAAUAAGGAUGAUGCACAGGUACAGACGGAAAAGGGAAAGUCACGCAAACGUCGUGCUCCACAGCCACCUACCCAGGAAGAAAGCACUGUCAUCCCUCAAUCAUCUCCAUCGCCUCCUCAGAUUCAAAGCUCCCCCGUUCUUCGAUCAGCUGAAAACAUGGAGGAGAAGUGUCGAGUCGUGUAUUCAUAUGACGCUCAGAGUCCCGAUGAACUCACAAUUGGUGAAGGGGAUAUCGUGACUAUAUUGGAAAUGGAUGACUCAGGCUGGUGGUAUGGAGAACUCCAAGGUCGGUUGGGAUUCUUCCCUGGCAAUUACGCUCAAAUCAUCUUCGACUCGGACCAGGUGAUUCUCUGA